AUGGUAGCCAAUAAAAGGCAAGUUGUGAGGUUAGCAGUUUACAAGAAUUUGAAUAUACUGUUUAGUUGUAUUUAUUAUGAUAGUCACCGAAACACUAAGGAUCGUUUGCUUUUGCCGACGUCUAUGCUAGCAGUCACUCAAUAUGGUGAAUUAACAUCCUCUAGAUUUGUUAACAGCACUACAGUGGAUGAGCUGGUGAAUUUUCUGAAAGCAAGUUGUAAUAUAUCACCAGGAUGGGUUUUAUUCCCCACUAACUUUCUGUGCCGCUUCAGCUUAUGCACGAAAAGUGGUUUUGAAUUGGCCAAAUAUUUCAUCACUGAAUGCAACAUGUGUGCGUAUACAGACAAAAAAAAGCACCAGGCAGAAAGAUUAGAGGCACGUGUUGAGAUUCAAAAAAACCAAAGUAAAAUGGUUGUUUUAACAGCCAUUUUAAUCUCUCGAAUUCCUGCCUUUCGGCACCAGGAAAAAUUCUAUAUUCAUAAUAUAAGUAUUAAACAAAUUUGUCAUAUCAAUGCAUAUUUGAGACACCUUUUACAAGACAAAACAGGCAAAGCAAAUUAUCGUCCACCACUUCAUUCUUACUUUAAAAUAUCUUUAGAGAGCGAAAAACAACUUCUUUGCAAGUACUGCUUGACAAUAUUCAAGAUGUCAAAAACUUAUCUAUCAUUAAAUCACCCAAACAGUCUUGAUAUCAAAACAUUACUGCAUUAUUGA